AUGAAGACCAGCAUCCUGCUUUUGUUCCUUUGGGGGUUGUCCUGUGCUCUCCCAGUAGCCAGGUAUCAUAAUACUGAAUCUGAGAGCUCUGAAGAAUGGACGGGUCAUUUGGCUCAGACACCAACACCACCCUUGGAGAGCAGUGAGUCAUCUGAAGAAAGUAAAGUUAGCUCAGAGGAACAGGCCAAUGAAGACCCUAGUGACAGUGUUGAAUCAGAGGAAGGCCUUGAUGAUCAUCAACAAGUGCAUAGACCAGCUGGUGGCCUCUCUAGGAAUGGAGGAAAAGAAGGAGAUGAUAAAGAUGAUGAUGAAGAUGACAGUGGAGAUGACACUUUUGGUGAUGAUGACAAUGGGCCAGGACCUGAAGAGACACAAGAAGGAAACUCCAGACUCAAAAGUAAUGAAGACUCGGCUGACAUCACACAAUCCAGGGAAGACAGUGCACCGCGAGGGGAAGACAGUGUCCAAGAUACUACCAGUGACAGCAGGGACCUUGACAAUGAGAAUGAGGUGAAGAGCAGGUCUGAGGGAGGUAGCUUUGCUCAAGAUAGUGAGAGUGAGGAACACUGGGUGGGAGGUGGCAGUGAAGGGGAUAGUAGCCAUGGGGAUGGCUCUGAGUUUGAUGAUGAGGAAAUGCAGAAUGAUGACCCAGACACUAUCAGGAGUGAGAAAGGCAACCUCAGAAUGAGCAGUGCUAGUGUCGAAUCAAAAGGAAAGAGCGAUGAGCAAGCAAGCACUCAGGAUUCAGUUGACAGCCAAUCAAUGGAGUAUCCAAGGAGGAAAAUUUUUAGAAAGUCCCGCAUUUCUGAGGAGGAUGACAUAGGUGACCUUGAUGAUAGCAACAUAAUGGAAGAUGUCAAGAGUGACUCCACAGAAAACACCAAUUCCAAAGAUGCUGGCCUCAGCCAAUCCAGGGAAAACAGCAAAAGUGAAUCUCUAGAAGAUACUGAGGAGAAUCAGUCUCAAGAAGACAGUCAAAAUGCACAAGACCCCAGCAGUGAAUCUAGUCAAGAGGUUGAUCUGCCAUCUCAAGAAAAUAGUAGUGAAUCUCAGGAAGAUGUAGUGAGUGAGUCCAGGGGUGACAACCCAGAUAAUACCACCAGUUACUCAGAAGAUCAGGAAGAUAGUGACUCCAGUGAAGAGAACAGCUUGAACAAUCCCUCUAGUUCAGAAAGCGAAUCAAGAGAGGAGCAAGCUGACAGUGAAUCCAAUGAAAGCCUCAAUGACAGUGAAUCCAAGGAAAGCCCAGAGUCCACUGAGGACGAGAAUAGUUCUAGCCAGGAAGGCCUCCAGUCUCACAGUGCCUCAGCAGAGAGCGAAAGUAAAGAAAGCCAGUCCGAGCAGGACAGCCAGUCUGAAGAAGAUGAUGUCAGUGAUUCUCAGGACAGCAGCAAAUCAAAAGAAGACAGCAACUCUACUGAGAGCAAAUCAAGCAGUGAGGAAGAUGGUCAGUCAAAAAACACUGAGAUAGAAAGCAGAAAAUUAACAGUUGAUGCUUAUCACAACAAACCCAUUGGGGAUCAAGAUGACAAUGACUGCCAAGAUGGCUAUUAGCAUCAGCAUCAGCAUCACUAGCUUUCCUAAGAAGUGGCUCUCACAUACAGGAGUCUUGGGGGUUGGGGAAUAGGGAAAUCAUUAUAACUAUAAUUUAUUGAUGUUUUUAUCAGAAGGACAACCUGAGGCCAUUUCUUUCUGAAAGGAAAUGCUGGAUAUUAUAUUUGUUUCUAGAGUGUCACCAAUUUAUAGGGGUUUAAAUACUGUCAAAUGAUACCAGAACACACUCAAUGAGACUG